AUGAAAUGUCGCCUCGUUGGUUGCGCUGACGAGUGCCGAUACCCGGCACGCGACCGUCAAGUCAAAGUUAGCGAAAGCUAUCUUGAGCAAAUACUGGCUGAAAUUCAACGCCUCCGAGCGCAAUCAGCAUCCUCGGCGAACACGCCCGAGGCUCGUCCAGGUCCAGAAGCCGACCAUACCCGCCUUGGUCCAGACGGGCAAGAUGAAGCGGGAAACGAAAAUGAUAAUAGCACCAGCGUUCGAAAUCCCAUAAUCGGAGACCGGGCUUGGUUUCACGCCUAUGACCCGUCGGCGCCACCAAUAUUCGUUGGCGAGGCCGCCUGUACGGCGUUCGCGACGCGCUUCCGCCAGUUCUUAACGGGCAGCAAUGCAACAGCACAUAUUCGACGCACGCAGUACGUCAAAGAAGAGAACAUUGCCCUCGCAAAUGCUGGCGAGAUUCGAUGGCCGAGUCUCCAGCAGGCGCGGCUGCUGGUGAAGAUCGCAAUUCGCCAGAUUAGCUGCGUGUACCAUGUGCUGCUUCGAAAAUCAACCCUAGACAAACUGGAGGAGAUUUAUCGGACUGGCGACUUUGAGUGCACAGUUAAUCAGUGCAAAUUCUUUGCGUUGUUUGCAUUUGGAGAGGCGUAUUCGAUGCGCAGUGAGCCGGCUUCCGGGAGUAGGGUUCCGGGGACGUCUUACUUUGCGAGGAGUCUGAGUCUCGUGCAGGUACUGCCUGAGAGGACGAGCAUUACGCACCUGGAGACGUUAUUACUUUUGUCCCUAUUCUCCUACUACCUAAACCGCCGCCACUCAGCAUACGUCCUCAUCGGCAGUGCCAUGCGCCUCGGCCUCUGCAUAGGGCUAAACCACAACAUCCCUGAAUCCCAACUCAUUGAUCCCGUUGAGCGGCAGCACCGCGUGCGAAUUUGGUGGACAAUCUAUAUCUUCGACCGUAUGUGGGCGUCGAAGAUGGGCUUACCAUCACAAAUACUAGACGAUGACAUCCACCUCGACAUGCCGUCAAGCACAUUGCCGAAUCAGACUUACGAUGAGCAAUUCACAGACGUGGAGUUCCUCAAGGCCAACAUUAACCUCGCACGAAUUGUCGGCGAGACGACGGCAAAGGUCUAUAGUCGACGCAAGUAUAACGAGACGUUCCUGCAACGGGUGCAGAAGUUGCUCAAAGCGUUGAAGAACUGGGUUGAUACGUUGCCUGAGCAUCUACGACUAAACGUUGAUGAUCCCGAGAUGAAUACAAAGCAGGUUACGUCCAUACAUCUUGCUUUCAAUCAGUGUGUCAUCUUAACCACCCGGCCAACUCUACUACAUCUCCUCAAACUCACGGAAACCUCAACCACGUCCUCCCCAAACCCCCCUCAGGAAACCGUAUCCCAGCCCCUUCAAACUCUCGGCGAAGCUUGUAUCCACGCCGCCCGCCAUUCCCACUCGAUAAUCCUCACGAAGUGGAUUAACGGCUCUUUGCCCGUCUUCGGUUACUUUCAUGCGCAUUAUCUCUUCUCAGCAUCGCUCGUGCUCGCUAUGUCUGCAUUUGUGCCGCUGCCUCUCGGUAGUCCUGCAGAUCUGAAUGCCUUCGAAACGAGCCUUGAGGUGUUGGCGAAUAUGAGUGAGAAUGGGAAUUUGGCGGCAAGCGAGUUCUAUCACAACCUUCAGAGCGUGAGAGGGUGUCUUGACCCUUGGAGGGCAGACCGGGGAGUUGCCAGUAGAUGUACGAGUAGGAAUGGUGGGGGCCAGAGUCAAAGUCGGGGGCCGUUUGGGGCUGCAGCUGGCCCUUCUGCGCCAUUAACUCCGUCAACCCCUUCUGAGAGGCCAGCAGGAUACGAGCAGACCUCAGUCCCAGCCACGGUUGCAGGCUCCGUCCCCAAUCUCUUGUCGACCUACAAUCAGCCCAACUUUAACUACAGUCAUACCCCGACGAUUACCACUACGUUGCCGGAACAAGGGCCAAGUCAAAUUCCAGACCGUACAGCAGGAGGUUUUACUACUGCAAUGGCAUUCAUGGAACCCACAAUGCAGGAUUUUCUGGCACAGUCUGAUCUGGAUUUGGGACUACUGAACCCGGUCGAGACGUUCAUGGAUCAUGUGGAAGGUUUAUAUUCAGGGCAUGAAUUUUCGUUUUACCUUUUGUAUUGA